UAGUUCCGCACACCACCUUUCACCCUUAUUAUAUCACACAAAAUAAAACAAUCUUCCCCUUCUCUACUUGCCUUUGCGGACUAAACGAAGCUCCCUUCCUUUAUAAACACCACCUUCUUUCUCACUCUCUCUUGAUCUCUCCUCAUCUUUUUUAUAUCUAUAUCUAUAUUUAAUAUCUAUUUAUAAACAGAUUAUUAUUAUUUAGUUUAUAAAUAGUACAGUAUCUAGAAAUGGCGUGUGCAAGUUUCGUAAAACUAAACACAGCAUCAUCAUCACCGUGGAUCGGUCAACGAUCAUUCAAUCAACGUUCCGGAUCUUCCUCCCGAUCAUCCGCAGCUCGCGUUUCCGUCAUCCGUGCCGGAUCUUACUCCCAGGAGCUUGUUCAAACCGCUAAAACAAUUGCUUCGCCUGGUCGUGGUAUCCUUGCUAUCGACGAGUCAAAUGCAACUUGUGGAAAGAGAUUGGUGUCUAUCGGAUUAGACAACACCGAAGCCAACAGGCAAGCCUAUAGACAACUUCUAUUGACCACUCCUGGAUUGGGUCAGUACAUUUCUGGUUCCAUCCUAUUUGAGGAGACCCUAUACCAGUCAACUACUGAUGGAAAGAAGAUGGUUGACUGCUUGCGCGAGCAGAACAUCGUACCCGGUAUCAAAGUUGACAAGGGUUUGGUUCCCCUUCCAGGAUCCAACAACGAAUCUUGGUGCCAAGGGUUAGAUGGAUUGGCUUCCAGAUCAGCCGAGUAUUACAGCCAAGGAGCUCGUUUUGCCAAGUGGCGUACUGUUGUAAGUAUUCCUUGUGGUCCAUCUGCAUUGGCUGUGAAAGAAGCAGCAUGGGGACUUGCACGUUAUGCUGCUAUUUCCCAGGACAACGGUUUGGUGCCUAUUGUGGAGCCUGAGAUUCUUCUUGAUGGUGACCACAGCAUCGACACCACACUUGAAGUGGCCGAAAGAGUUUGGUCCGAAGUGUUCUAUUACUUGGCAGAAAACAAUGUUAUGUUUGAGGGAAUUUUGCUAAAGCCCAGCAUGGUUACACCAGGAGCUGACCACAAGGAAAAGGCAGACCCAGAAACCAUUGCUAAAUAUACACUAACUAUGCUCAAGAGGAGGGUCCCACCUGCAGUUCCUGGAAUCAUGUUUUUGUCAGGAGGACAAUCUGAAAUGGAAGCUACACUUAACCUACACGCGAUGAACCAAAGCCCUAACCCAUGGCACGUAUCCUUCUCAUACGCACGUGCUCUUCAAAACUCUGUUCUCAAGGCAUGGCAAGGACGCCCCGAGAAUGUAGAAGCAGGCCAGAAAGCUCUUUUGACCCGUGCUAAAGCAAACUCAUUGGCGCAGCUCGGAAAGUACUCUGCUGAAGGUGAAAGUGAAGAUGCUAAGAAAGGAAUGUUUGUCAAGGGGUACACCUACUAAGCUUGGAAGGUAUCACUUAGGUUGGUUCAAUAUUUUCAGUUAUGGAAGCCAAGGGACUCGAAAAGUUCAGUUUGAUUUGUUCCGUCCAUCCAUUUUGACUUCUACUUGUAAUUUUGCAUUUGCUUGAAUAAUUUGGUCUGUUAUGACAAUGAGAGAAAACUAAGAUCUGACCCAUUAAUUGUGGGGUGGUCAAAGGUGAGGGGGUGAGUCGUGGGUGUAUGUACCAUCUUAAAGUUAUGUCGUCAUAGACAUGUUUUGAAAGAAUCAUACUAUAAGGCUAGUUUUGUGCAAAAAAGAUUCCAGGUUUUCAUUUCUCUUAUGUGUUGUUAAAUUGAGAUCAAAACAGUCUGGAUGAAA